CAAACAGCGAGGGAGUCAACGGCGACACAGAACACGGUGAGACAUGACGUCAGGAUCAGAGACGCCAUCAACAGCAAAAUGGCUACACAAGAAAUUUCUGGAAACAGUCCUGAGGAAGGGCGACAACACCCCAACGUUAAAAGUCACAAGUUAUGACGUCAAGCCGGCCGUCGGUAAAGGAGACAACUACACUAGCGACCUAUACCGAGUCAAGAUUCAUACUGCAGAUGGAAAGGUUUUCAAUUUGAUCGUUAAGAAAGAGUUGGCUGCUGAGGGAGAAUUGGGCAAAGUUUUGCAAAAAUCAUCGGCCUUCUUGAGGGAGACACACAUGUACAGAAGUGCGGCGGUAAGGCUGGCCAACAUACUGCAGGAAAUGUCACCAGGUGAGUGCUCACAGUUCGCGGCGCGCUAUCUGUACUCCUGUCCGGGAACCAUAGUGAUGCAAGACCUGCGUGCUGAAGGCUUCAAAAUGGCAGAGCGUCGACAGGGACUAGACUUCUCUCACUGUUUGCUCGUAAUGCGCAUGCUCGCCAGGUUCCACGCUGCUUCCGUUGUUCUUCACGACAGGGACCUUGAAACAAUGUCCCUUUACGACAAGAAUUUCUUCUCUGAUCCCGAGAUGAAGGAGGGCUUACAAAAAUUUGUUUCUGGUACCUUCCGGACAGUGGUGAAGGCCGUGCAGACCUGGCCGGGAUUUGCAGACCGCUAUGCAGGAAAGCUCGACGCUCUAGCGGACUCCAUGUUGGACCGCAUCAUACAGGUCAGCCAGAGGGACGAUACCGCCCUCAACGUGCUCAUACACGGUGACCUUUGGGUCAACAACAUUCUCUUCCGGUACUCCGACGGCCCUGUAGACGUCCGGUUCGUAGACUUCCAGCUUCUGCAUUUUACAUCGCCAGCCAUCGACUUGCAGUACUUCUUCAGCACGAGCCCGUGCGAGGACGUGAGAGAGAACCACCUGGACAGCUUGAUGAAGGAAUACCACAACACCCUCUGUGAAUGUCUGAACGCCAUGGGCUACUCCCAUAAGCACAUCACUCUGGAAGAUCUGUGGAAGGAAUAUAACAACAAGGCACUGUAUGGGCUCUUUGGGGCAUGCUGUGUGUUACCCAUUGUUCUGGCGGACAAAGGUUUCGAUAUAGAUGCAAUUUUGAAAUCAGGGAUUGGAGAGGAGAUUGAGGUAGUCAAUGGGGACACUUAUAAGAAGGCCCUGCAGCGAAUGUUGCCCAAAUUUGAAGAGGAUGGAGUGUUUCGGUCUGGAGAAUCUCUAUCAACUGACGAGGUUCAGAAUGCAUAGAGCUAUAUCUCCACGCCCUCGUACUUCUUCAUUUCGUGGUGCUUGAUAUAGCACCGGUACAGCCUCAUCCCCAGGUCCAUUUUGUUUACUUCUUUCGAACUUCGUGUAAAGUAGGGCUUAUGAGUACCAGGAUAACUCUGUAUCAAUGUAGUGACUAUGCUACUGCCUGAACUACCACGGAAUCUAGGUUCGAUUCCUGGCAGGUAUUAAAGAUUUUCUCUCCUCUUCUCCGGUGUCCAUUAAAUCCCGUAAUCAGUGGAUACUGGUGUCCUCUUCCUGUUGGAGUAAAGCGGCCGGAGCGUGAGGCUGGCCACUGACCUACUUCAAAUCUCCACUCCUCCAUAUGUCUUCAUGGUGUGGUGUUACAAAAAAUAUAAAGCCCAAAAGAUAUAUAGUAUUGUCACGAUUUAUGGGUGCGUGACUAUAGGAGGGGUAUAGAUUGGUGAGAGGAUUUAUUGAACACUUAUACAGAGAACUUGGAACUACGAGUAAUUAAAGCGUCACAGUUAAUGUCCACAAUACAGAAAUUACCAUAGCAACCACUAAGUCCUUACCACCCGCCUAUGUCUUCACUAGUCGUUCCCUAGCAACGACUUCUAACAUUGGAGAUUCUUCAGCUUCCGUGCUUACGUCGUUACUGUCCGCCGAAUAUCCCACAACUGACAACAGUACUACAGCGCCACCUCUUCUUAGCUCCGAUCUGUUACCUAGAAACGGGUUGAAUCACAGUUGCUCUAUUGUUGCGUGCGUGUAUGUGGCAGGCGUUACAUAGCAACGGCUGCUGCUUAUAGAGUCACCGCUUAGCAACGGCUCUAUACGCCACAAUAUUUCGAAUACUUCUGCAGGAAUGCAUAAAAAUAUGUUUUGUACCUUGUGCAGUUGUUUCGCCAAAAUUUUCCUGAAAAUCGUUAGUUACGAGAAUAUGGACCCGGUAACAGUCUUGCUGAAGCUUCUGUCUUCCCUAGGGCCGUAUUGAAACCAGGCAAGCCCUGGUCCCGCUGCGCCCAGUCCCACCUCGUCGUUCCCAGUUAAUUUCAAACACUUACGUCAAACGCAAACGGAUUACAAGCUAAAGAAGACUGUUUCAUGGAAUACAGCGCUGUGUAGCUUCAGGAACAAUAUUACAUGCCCCAAAUUACGCGCACGGGACUCCAAGCUGCCUAUCCUUCCAGGGUUUCUCACCAAAAAUUUGAAAACAUUUCUCUUCUCACCCAUGUUUGUUACUCUUCCCACCGAAUUCACUU